AAAACACAAGUCAUGUCACCCGGACCCGGAAAUCAUACCUCUUAUUUUGGCAGCGAUAAUGAACGGGCUUAACUGGGGAAGCUUGGGCCAAGAAAGCGUACAUUUGAGUACUCACAUAACCAGAUAGGCAACCUCAUUUCUCAAACGGAGAUACCAACCACAGCAGUGUCACUGACGGCCACCGAGUGACGUCCAACAUGUUGUCGGACGGCCACUCCUUCCUGAAGGGGGUGCUCCUUGGAGCACUCUUCUGCUUGGUGUUGGCAUUCGUUGGCACUUUAACCCCCAGUUAUUCUUUCACCGAAGAGGACAACCACAAGCACCAUCAUGUCAAAGCGCCCAGCAAAGACGAGCUUCGAGGCCUGACAGAGAAUCAGAUGGAGGAACUUACCAAACAGGUGCGAGUCUAUUGCCUUAUUAUGGUCCAUCCUAAGGUUCUGCAGCAUUGGGCCACAGUCAAAGACACCUGGAGCAAACACUGUGAUAAGGCAGCCUUCUACAGCUCAGAGGCCUUCAAGGAGCUUGAGGCAAUAGACCUAAAGGAACCAAAUGAAUGGGCCAGACUCCGCAAGGCUCUCAAACAUGCCUAUGACAAUGCCGGGGAUAUCCGCUGGUUUUUUAUCGCAAGACCUACUACAUUCGCCAUCAUUGAGAACCUGAAAUACCUUGUAUUGGCUAAGGAUCCCAGUGAACCAUUCUACAUUGGCCAUGCCAUGAAGUCCGGAGAACUGGACUAUGUUGAGUAUGAAAGCGGUAUUGUCCUUAGCUAUGAAGCUCUAAAAAGGCUUAUGAACGUGUUUCAGGAUGGUGAGAAAUGUCCAGAGACUGAGAGUAGCCUGUGGAAGGUCACUGAGGAGAAGCAGCUGGCCAUAUGCCUGAAGUACACUGGAGUGUUUGCUGAGAACGGGGAAGAUCUGGAAGGAAAGGGACUUUUUAAUAGCAAAAGUGUGGAGCGCCUCAUCACUGAUAGCCUUCAAAACAACCCCUCAAAUGUCGUGGAGGGCUGCUGUUCAGACCUGGCCAUCACAUUCAGUGGAAUGUCUUCGAAUCAGAUGCAAGUCAUGAUGUUUGGCGUGUACAGACUUCGUCCCUAUGGACACAAUUUUAAUGACAUGCUGCUCUUUCAACCUCCUGAGGGUUCGGACAAUGACUAAUCUGUUUUGUACUUUUUGUGUCUGAUCAUGGAAUUAUGAUUCUCUCCAUGUCUGUGUAAAUGUUUUUGCGAAGGUGCUUUUUCUUAAUUUACUUUUUACCAAGGAAUGGUGGAUCGGGAUAAGAUUAAUAUUUAAAUCUGAUUUUAAAAUUGGUACCAAUAUUGGAUUUUCUUAACAAUGUGAUCAACAGUCUGAGAAUUGUUGUGAGAUUUGUUCUUUUAUGCAUGUUCCAUAAAUCAACAAUUGUAAUUACAUCUCUAUCGACAUUUAUACUAUAAUAAAAAAUAAGUGGUUUUCAAGCCAAAAGUAUAUUAUAAGUAGGGAUGUGAAUAGCUCACAUGGUCGAAUGAUCAGUGGGUGGUAUGAACGAAUAAUCGAUUAUAUAUUCGCCGACAUUCACAAAGGCAGCCAUGGAUCCUCGGCAAGAAAUUCCUUAAUAUCUUAAACGCAAAAAAACAACUACCUGCUAAGUAGUUCCAGUCAAAUUGUCUGUUCAGCCUUCAAAAUGAGAGCUGGUGAAUUGUGAAAAAUGCAUUAAACUGUAAUCAGAAAACUCUAAUUAUAAAUAUGUACACUUUACAGGGCCGGUGUUACACCGAAUUCUGCGACCCACCGAAAAGUGGGUCGCAAUGUUGCACAUUUUCUGCAACAUGCACGUGUGUAUUAUAACAAAAACAUAAAUAACACAUUAGAUCUCCCACCGGUGGGAUCUUUAUUUUCUUGAUACAAACAAUAAUUCUAAAGUGUUUUACACGGUAGCCUUUAAUAAAAAAGGUAAUUGGUUGGGGGGA